ACCCUAGCCGCCAGUCGUCUGGUCUCUCAUCGGCGGGCGAUGGUGUCCCCUCCCCUCCUCUCCUCCCCGCAUGAUCCGGUGUGCCGGCGUGCCAGCGCCUCCACCCGUCUGACGGUGGCGGCCUGACGGGUGAUGCGCUGGGCGGGCCUCCGUCGGCACGAGUUCCUCUCAGCCGGGCGGCUCUAGCAGCUCACGGCCCCACCAUCUGGCAGGUAGCCGGCGGCGGAGCAGCAGUGCCUUCUCCUUUGACGGGCAACACGCCCACACUGCAACAAGGCCCGCUCCUUCGGCACCGCGAUCCAUCUCCUCCCUUCGCUCCCCCAGCGCCCGCCGCUCUCCACGCGGUCGGCCCGUGCGCCGCCCUCCACGCUCCCCUGCCCAGCUGCAGCUCGAGUCCGGCUGGUGCGGCAGCACCCUACCUUCCCACGACUUCUCUGUUCUUUCUCUCGGCCUCGGUCUUCCUUUCCUAGCGGCGACGACAGGGCGAGUUGCGCUGCCCGUUGUUCGUCGAGCGACGGGCGCUUCGCCGGAGACGAACAUCCGACAGGGUUACUGGGUCCGCCCCUGGCGCCAUGGCUGUACCAGAGGCGCCCUCAUGCUACGUAGGGAUCGCGCGGCAGUCCGCCGCCUUCCGCCUCAUGAAACAAAUGGGAUGGGAAGAAGGUGAGGGCCUUGGCAAAGACAAACAGGGAAUUAAAGGUCAUGUUAGGGUGAAAAACAAGCAGGAUACUCUAGGUGUUGGUGUAGAUAAUCCUUGUAACAAAUGGGUAUAUGAUACCACUCAAUUUGACAACAUACUGAAGAAAUUGAAAGUGCAAUCAGCUAAGCCUAUUCAAGAAGAAAUUACAGCUCUAAGUGAUUCGCCUGACAGCACGCCCAAGAAAGACAAACCAGCAAAUGUUGAAGUUACUAAAGUUACUCGACCUCAAGGAAGAUACAAGAAAAGAGAGGGGGGGAAAAGAGUGAGCUCUUAUUCAGCAAUAGAUCUUCAAGGCAUACUUGUACGCAAAAACGAAGAUAAUUGCCAAGUGGAUCAGAAACCUGAACCAAUAUGCUUGGAUGAACCUGAUCCUAUCAUUUGCCCUGAUGCAGUAUCCCAAGCUGAAGAUGUGAACUGGUGGGGGCACAAGUUUGGAUUCGUAUCAGGAGGGUUUCUAGGAGCAACAUCUCGUAAAAGAAAAUCUUCACGAAAAGAUCCUGCUAAUGUCCGCCAGACAUUUGCGGAGGAAGAUCAAGAAAAUCUAUACAAUCUUGUUCAGGAUAAAGCUACUUCUGGCAAGCAGGGUCUUGGCAUCAAGGGCCUGCCAAUGAAAAUUGCUGGCCAUCGUUGGAAGGGAAACAAAACUUCAUUUGGUGAUAGUGACGACGAUGAUUCAGCCCAGUCCGAUGAAUUUUCAGAAAUUGAAGAUGACAAUGUGGAACAACCCACUGCUGUUGAAUCCAUAGAGAUAGAGAAGAAUACAGAAAAAGAAUUGCAUGUGGAUGUUGGAUCCAAAACCAAGGUCAAGAAACUUUGCAAAAGAAUACUUCGUCAGGCCCCAUCUCAGUCGAUGAAAUUGAAGGAUCUUAAGGAAGCCGUUGAAGAACAUUCUAAUGCUGUAUUCUCCAGCUUCUCUUGCAGACGUGAAGCUCUGUUGUUUCUGAAGAAGAAGCUUCAAGGGAGCAGUAAGUUCAGCGUAGAAGGCAAGAAAGUACAACUUGUGUCUUGAAAGCGAAGCAGAUACAAAGUUUUGGGGGUUUCCAGUGCCCAUAUUUGUUGUUGCUUGAGAUUUGUAACAGUAGCAGUAGCACAUUGAGCUCUGUUGCACAGAUAAGGAAUCAAACCCUUCCGCAGAUGCGGGAGGUAGAGUUUUGCAAAAUUUUGGUUAGAUGCAGAGGUGCUAAUCUACAUGUUUGCAGUAAGCACAUUCGAUGCAUCUCUAGCUGUUCUGGUUGGCCCGAGUCUACAAACUGCAGCAGAACUAUAAUUGUAUGUGAUUGUGCUAUGUGCGCUACUUAUUUGCUUGCAAA